AUGUGAAAAUAAUUAUGUACUGAAAAUGCUACACGUGCUGAAGUAUAAAAACAAGACUUUCUUCAUUAUUAUUGUACUGUUGUAAAUAUGCAUAUUUUUUAAAAUACUUUUUAUCUCCAUCGCAAUGGACGAUGUAAUGGUUAUGGGCGAAGAUGUUCUGAGGCCGGCGCCCUCCUCAAUCAACGAUAAUUGGGAUCUUCAAAGCUACGUUGACAAACUACACGUGAAGGUGAUCCAUUCGAACAAGGAAGAAAUUGAAUUCGAUAUGAUUGGAAUAAAUGCAGCGAUGAUCAACUCUUUCAGAAGGAUCCUUUUGUCCGAGGUGCCCACUAUGGCUGUUGAAAAAGUCACAGUAUAUCAGAACAAGACUGUGAUGCAGGAUGAAGUCAUGGCCCACAGGCUUGGUCUGAUCCCCCUUAAAGCAGACGCAAGGCUUUUUCAGUACAGAAUACCAGGCGAUCCGGUAGGAACAGAUCGAGACACUCUGCACUACGAGCUUAAAGUGAAAUGCACUAAAAACCCACACUGCCGAGCAGGGCACUACAGGCAUGAAGAUAUGUACAUUAAUCAUCAAAUAUUAUCCAAAGAUAUCAAAUGGGUACCUUACGGCGGACAGAGCUCACUUUAUAAAGAAGAAGACAUGGGCCCCAUGUACGAUGAUAUUCUCCUUUUGAAAAUGAGGCCAGGUCAUGAACUUCAUGUUAAGAUGACUGCGAUUAAAAGCAACGGCAGGGACCAUGCUAAAUUUUCACCGGUUGGAACCGCUUCUUACAGGCUCCUGCCGUUUAUCAAAUUAGUCGAGGAAGUCGAAGGCGAGAAGGCGUUCAGGCUUCAAAAGUGUUUUUCAAAAGGUGUCAUACGGAUUGAAAGCAGGAAAGGGAAAAAUGUGGCCGUUGUGGACAAUCCUAGGCUUGACAUGUGUAGUAGGAAUGUUCUGAACGAACCUGACUUACGAAACAGUGUUGUAAUUGGAAGAGUGAAAGAUCAUUUUAUAUUUUCAAUAGAAUCAGUAGUAAACAUUCCUCCUCAUGAGUUAUUCAGGGAAGCUGUUAAAGUAUUAAAAAAGAAAUGUACUGUCGCUCUUUCUGAAGUGAAAAAAGUCGGAGAGAAUUAAAUUGUUUUAAUUCAUUGUUUUUAAAUUGACUAUCAAGUAACAUAACUUUAUGCUAAACCUUCAUUCAUAUAUAAAUGAAAAAGGGUAAGAACUUUUAAGAAAAAGCAUUAUUUGGUUUUUACAGUUUUUCCCUAAUGUGCUCGUGCUCAUUGUAUACAAUCUGAAAAAAAGUUGUAUUUAUGAAGAAUAUUACACGAAUAUUAAAUUAUAUCUAAAUAAUUUA